AUGCAAAGGUACCAAACAUCCGUACUUUCUGCAUGGUUUCGGCAUGUACGUUCCCAGCAAGCUGUAUCAGUUUCUUGGAGAUACCACCUUAACAGCAAGUAUUGGCAUAGCACACCUUUCCCAUUUUCUAGUAAUGAUAUGCAUCCCAACCUUUUGUUGACAAAAACUCCCAAACCGCUAGCUGAUGGACAAUCUACGAAUAUUAGAUCUUCAGCUCACUUUGAGCCAAGCGGACUUGCUCAUUUCCUCUCAAAAUACCCUUUCUUCCAAAAAACGAAUCAUGAGGAUGUGCCUGAGCUUGUCCAAAAAAUGGAAAUUCUGAGUUAUUAUGUGUUACAUGCCCCAUCUCUGCGGCAAUUUUCUAAAAACGAAAAGAAAGAAUUUCAACAGUGGGUUUAUAAAUACAUGACCGACUUGAUAACAGAAUCAUCUACAUUAAGCUUCAGAGUUUACCAAAAUCUCAGUCCUUUGGCCUUGACUUAUGUAACCGGGCUUUGGACAAAAAUCGCCAGGGAGAAGAAUUUACAUGAAUUCCUUAACAUGAUUUUACAUCGUUUUUUAGAGAACUUUACGGCCUCGGAUCCACCACAUACAGCUUGCAUGUAUUCAAUAAUGAAAAGUAGUUGCUGGUGCCACUCGUCGUUAUCAAAUAGUUUGAAAUUACUAUACUUCAAGUCUUUGAUGCUUUAUCAUUUGCAGCAUCCGAAUUUACCGAUUCCGCAGGAGACGCUGUACACAUUAAAAAAAGCCAUUUUUCCCAAGAAACUAGAUUCUACACACAUGGUUCCAAUUUCUUUUCCCUAUGAUUUACAACUUAAACAUGUUUUUGACUUUCUUUCUCAAAUGGCGGCUUCUAGUAAUGAAACCUUUUGGGCAAAUCAAUUAAGCAGAUUAUGGAUCGACGCUGGCGUGGGUCCAUUACCAAAGCACUCUUUUGUUUCUAUUAUCCAGUUAUAUUCAAAACACGGACUUAUAAAAAAGAUGCAGAACCUACUUAAUGCCCGUGAUCAUACUCAGUAUCUCUACGACCACCGCGUUUUGUCAGCGUUUAACAACUGCUUUGCUAGAACUGUUGACCCGCUCUCCAUCCAUCUCACAAUAAAAUAUUGGACUAGCAAUUUUGCAAAACAUUAUGAAAUGUACUUACCGUACAUUUACAAGUUUUGCAUGCAUUCUUUUCUAAAAGAAAAAGAAUUCCAGAAGGCAAUCUUCUUUUUUACAAAAAUACCCCAAAAGUAUCUGAUGGAAGUUAUUGUAGCUCAGUUACUAAAAGCACUUACUGGUGCUCGACAAUUUCAUGAAGUGCUGUCCAUUUUUCACACUUAUUAUUCUGGUGAUACAUUAUUGUUGUUGAAGAACCAGAAAAUAUUAAAGAUGGCUCGCAAACCUUCACGGUAUGUAUUAGAUAUUCGCCCGAAGUCCUUAGAUGCUUCUCCCACGGCUAGUACAGCAUUGGCAGUAGCCAUUUGUUAUAUGCUGAACAAUGCAACGGAAGUUUACAAAAUACUGGCAGCAGCUCUCUCAUAUUCAGAGAAAAGGGUGCCGUUUCAUUGUAAAUCCUACCAUGUGUUAUUCAAUGGUGUGCUGAAGUUGCCAUAUACGAGUCACGAAUUAGUGAUUCAGUCCUUUUGUUUGUUGAAGCUAAGAAGAAAAAUAUAUUUGGAACAGAGAACUGAAUUUUAUAGUGUUCUGCUUUCGUAUUUCGUUUCUAUAGGUGAUUUUCCUCAUGCGCUUCAAGUAAUACAUAUCCUGUCGCGGAAAAGAAAUGGGUUUACUAUACACACAUGGAAUUGGUGGCUCUUAUCCUUACUACAAUUAAAGCUUUACGAUCGAGUAGUUCGUGCUUAUUGUGAAUUUCAACGUUCCAAGAUUCAUCCUAACGAACGCACUAUUGAAAUCAUGUCAAUGCUACCCGGUGCUUACCAGUACAAAUUGAAGGAACUGAAGUUGAAGGGAUAG